CCUGACCGCAGGAGGCAGCACUGUGCCGCAGAGCCCGUGAGGCUGCCGGAAAUGAAGCCGCAGAGCGGAAAGAUGCAGACGAGGCGCUGUGCCGUAAAUGGAAAGUGAAACUGGCGCGCGGCUCCGUUUCAUGGGGGUGACUGAUAUCAGGCGUCUUUCACAGAGUGUGAGCAGCUGCUGAGGGGGCGACAGACUCACCUGUCAGUAUAACUGAAGAAGAAGGCGGAGGAGGAGGAUGGCCGGCUUUUUGGAUAACUUCCGCUGGCCCGAGUGUGAAUGCAUCGACUGGGGCGAGAGGAGGAAUGCCGUGGCCUCUAUCGUGGCCGGAGUUCUGUUCUUCACCGGCUGGUGGAUCAUGAUCGAUGCCGCUGUGGCGUAUCCAACCCAGGAGCAGAUGAACCAUGCCUUCCACACCUGUGGCGUCUUCUCCACCAUCGCUUUCUUUAUGAUUAAUGCAGUUUCCAACGGCCAGGUGAGAGGGGACACGUACGGAGAAGGCUGUAUGGGCCGGACAGGAGCUCGUCUCUGGCUCUUCAUCGGCUUCAUGAUGAUGUUCGGCUCGCUCAUCGCUUCCAUCUGGAUCCUGUUUGGAGGCUACGUAGUGCCGAAGAAAGAAGUGGCUCCGGGGCUGGCUGUGUUCUUUCAGAACGCCUUCAUCUUUUUUAGCACUCUGAUCUACAAGUUCGGCCGCACUGAAGAUUUAUGGGGUUAAGACGUGUACACACACACACACACACACACACACACACACACACACACACAGCCCAGAUGUUUUGUAUUCUGCUGUUUUAGUCGAAGCUGUAAAAACACUUUUAGUAUUAAUGUUGCUUUUUAAAUGGAGACCAAUCAGUGCUGCUGCGCACGCACACACAUGUAAAUAUAGUUCUGUUAUGUUUCACUUCUCUCUCUGUGUCAGUCUCACUGUGUUUUGUAAAAUGAGGGAAUUCCUGCUGGCGGGCAGGACCGCCGCUCUUACUGUUAAAGUGUCACUCUGGGAGAUUUCAGCUUCACUUCUGUUGGUUAAAUGCUAAAGGUCACAUGUUAUCCGUAAACAGCUGGAUGUGAGACGCACCUCUCGUGCUGACAAGAAGACGUAAACAAAAACCUGAACAAACCGGCCCCGUCCGCCAGUCGAGCGGAGCGAUGUGUAGCCGGCCCAGGUGUCUCUCUCACACACGCUCAGUCUGGACUGUUUUAGUUUUUUUUUUUUUUUUUUUUACGUCAAACUGUACCUGAUUGGUUUCCAGAUUGCACUUCCUGUGACUCCUUCAAAUUAAAAGUCUGAUUGUUACACGUAUUUUUAAUGAAAAUCUUCCACUUCAAGGGGGCGGGGCUAAUUUAUAGCUGGAAGAACAUUUACUGUCUCGUCUCAGUCUGACACUGGAUUAUAAAAGGACGGUUGUCUUCCUGAAUGACUACGAUGUGUGUUGAGUUUUCAGUAUUAAAGUUUAAAAUCUCGACUGCUUCAGUCGUUCCUGAAGCUCUGAGCAGAAAUCAAACUGUCAUUUUUCUGAAACAAUAAAAAGUUUUGUGGG